AUGAACGCAUCAACUCCGCGAACGGCCCAAGGUCAAUGUGGAGGAGAGUUGCGUGGGCCAAAUGGAAAUUUCUCUUUCCGAAUUAUUUCAACAAGUACAGUAGUCUGUGUUUGGCGAAUCACCGUAACUCCAGGAAGAAAAGUGCAGCUUAUUUUAAAAUCCCUAAUUAUGCCAACGUUCAGCGCUCGGUUGCGUGUGUUAGAUGGAAGCACCUGUGGAGGCACUAUGCUCUCAGAGCUUCCUCGUGAUUCCAGUAUUCUUCAAAACGGCAUUGUCUCCAAUAGCAAUGCGAUGACGGUUAUGUACACAGGGCUAUCUUUUGAAACGGGUUUGACAAAUAUUGAUGCUACCUUUUCAGAGAUUAUAACAGCCACCGGAACGCGUACAACGCCAAGCAGGACUGCCCCAGCUACAAAAACUGUGAUCAAAUUCACAAUCACGUUUCUCGUUGUUGUCUUCAUCUGUUAGUUACUGGAUCCUUUUUAUUAAACGAGAUGAACCAUUGAAUUUGUAAUUCGAGAGACGUUACUUUGCACCCCGCUUUGCCUGACG